GAAAAAACAGCCCUUUAUAUCGACAGAAGAAAAUACACAUUUUGCAGCAUUCAUCAUUGCACCCUUUUCAAAAUCGAACAUAAUAGAUUUUGGACUGAGUAGAUAAACCUGUAUCGAAAAUUUACAAUGGCAGAACAUUCAGAAUCAGUACUUGGAAACAAUACGUUUUAUUACUUAUUACGCGACUAAACACGUGAAGUUUGAUCUUUGAUGUGGUAUUGUGGCAAUAGAAUACUUGAGAUUGGAUAAUCUAUAAAUGAUCCUGGUUGUCAGUGGGUGUAAUAAUGAAAUGCAAUUAACAAGGAGAGCUUAUAACCAUAUUGUGUGUGUAUACUCAUAGGUAUACCUAUAAGCCUUAAAAAAUCCUAAUAUCAUAUCUACACAUUGUUUUUUACACCUAUUACAUUAAAGUCUGUAUUGGAUAAAAUUGUAAGCAUGGUUAACUACAUAAAAUCGCGUCUAUUACAAUCACGCCUAUUUAAAAAACUGUGAAUCAAUGGAAGCUCAGCACGUAUGUUUACUUUUACAUUGUGAAGUAAGAUGGUUAUCGCGAGGUAAAGUUCUAAAUCGAAUUCUGGAACUUAAGAAUGAAUUGUUAAUGUUUUUUCAAAACGAAGGUAACACUGUUUUUAUAUCUUUUCUUACAGACGAUAUUUGGUGUGUUAAAAUGGCAUAUUUAGCUGAUAUUUUUAAUUAUUUAAAUAGCGUAAAUGCUGGUAUGCAAGGUAAAAACGAAAAUAUUCUUACACCCACGGAUAAACUAUUAACAAUUAAAAAAAAUAUAUCUUUUUGGAGAACGCGUAUAAUUCAAAAAAAUACGGUAGACAUGUUUCCUUCAAUUAAAAAUAAUAAUGAAAUAAUUCCUAUUAUAACAGAACAUUUAGCAUUAUUAGAAGAAAAAAUCAAGAAAUACUUUCCUGAAUUGAAUAUUGAAAAGUAUGAUUGGAUACGAAAUCCAUUUUCUACCAUCAACACGUCAAGUUAUGAAUUUACGUUAGAAGAAGAGGAAGAAUUCAUAACGCUAACAACAGAUCGAACUCUAAAAAUAAAAUUUUCCGAAAUAACAGUAGAAGAAUUUUGGAUUUCAGUUCAAACCGAAUUUAAAAAAAUUUCUGAAAAAGCAAUUUCAAUAUUAUUACAGUUUUCAACAUCAUACUUAUGUGAGCUUGGAUUUUCAACACUGACGAAUAUCAAAACAAAGAAACGAGAAAGGCUGACAAAUAUUGAAGAGGAAAUGAGAGUAGCAAUAUCGUACAUACGGCCAGAUAUUGAAAAUAUCUGUAAAAAUCAUCAGGCACAAAUAUCUCAUACAAAUUGUGUUCCUCGAAAAUCUUGUAAAAUGUUAAGUGUUCCGUCAUUCGAAAAAGGUUAAGAACCACUGGUGUAGAGUGUAAGUAUAUAAUCAACC